AUGGCUACGGCAACACUCAAACGACCCCGGGAGGCUGUCGAGCAAGACGCUCGAUCAAGAGGACAGGGAGGAGCAAGUCAGGAGCCGGCGCAGAAGAAGCGCAACGUCCAGCAGAAUGGCAAACGGGACCUGGACCACGGCUUGCAGACUGAGACCGAGCCACAACUGGAGAAGAUCCGGAAAACGCAAGUGACUACCGCCCUAGAUGAAGAUAUCGUGGUCCAGAUCGUAGCUGGCUCCUACGAGCGCGUGCUCCACGGUGUCACUGCGCGGAUUCCAACAUCGCUGCUCGAACCGAACGCAAAGCCCGACCAACCCAACGGCACCAGCAAAGAUGGAACCAAACCCCCCGUAACCUUCUCCAACACCUUCCUCUUCGCCGCUCACACCUCGUCCCUCCGCUGCCUGGCACUCUCGCCGCCCACUGAGAAUAACAAACGCCUACUCGCCACCGGGUCUUCAGACGAGCGAAUAAACCUCUACUCCCUCUCCACCAUUCCACCUCAGCCCAAAGCUGCCUCCGCCAAACCAUCUUCGCUACUUCCAGCCUCCACCAACUCCGUCAAUCCUUUGAACCGUCCGCUAGGCUCUCUAACCCACCACUCGCGCCCUCUAACGACCCUCUCCUUCCCCAGCAAAUCCAAACUCUUCUCCUCGGCCGACGACAAUACUGUCGCCAUCACUCGCACCCGAGACUGGACUCUUCUCUCCACCAUCAAAGCGCCAGUACCGAAGCCGCUUGGACGGCCGUCGGGCGACACGCUGGCGCCUGGAGAGGUUCCCGCCGGUGUGAACGACUUCGCAGUACAUCCCAGUCAGAAACUCGCCAUCUCGGUUGGAAGGGGCGAGAAAUGUAUGCGCCUUUGGAACUUAAUGACAGGGAAGAAGGCAGGGGUGCUGCAGUUUGAGCGAAGUCUGUUGGAGCAGGCGGGGGAGGGAAAGUGGGGGACUGGUGAGGGGCGGAAGGUGCUUUGGCGGGAGGAUGGAGAGGCUUUUGUGGUUGGAUUCGAGAGAGGUGCGGUGGUCUUCGGUGUCGAUUCGCAGGCGAGAGCGGUCAUCAGGCCGGAGCCAGCAAGGACGAAAGUGCAUCAGAUGAGGUUCUUGCCAGGGUCUGGGGUACUGGCUAUCUCAGCUGAAGAUGGACGGGUGCUGUUCUACGACGUCGACCAAGCGAGCGCAAUGGCAGACGGGAAAGAUCUGCCUCACCUCCCAUGCCUCGCCCAACUCGACGGCCGAGAAGCAGGAGUGACGAACCGCAUCAAAGACUUCGACGUUCUUUCGCUACCUGCGAUACCUUCUUUACCAACACCUCCACUCCUUCUCGUCACAGCGAGUUCUGACGGCGCUAUUCGGCUCUGGAGCCUCUAUGACCACGCGGCGUUGGCCGCUGAGCCGACACGGGACGGCGACGCUGCCUCCAAACCAAAGCAGGUUGGUCAGCUGCUUGGGGUACUUGAGACUGGAAACCGGAUUACUUGCUUGGGGGCUUUUGUCAUGGAUGGGAAGUCGAAGGUCGGAGGUGAGAAAGGGGGUGCGGAUGUUGAUGGGGGCGAGGGACUUGAGGAUGGUGGUGGUUCUGAAGUAGAACAGGACAUCAGCGCUAGUGAGGAAGAUAUAGAAGAUGGCGAAGAGGAGGAGUUCGCAGGACUGGAUGACUGA